AUGUUUAUGAGUGCACAGAAGAUGCGCUUACCCUCCGUUCAUGACAUAUUCCCUCACACCGACUCCAGCUCAUCACCAUCACAAAGAUCAACACCACAGACAGACAGAGAGCAGGUAUACAAUUCCAGGCCUCGUCCGGAAUCAGGGGCAAAUGUAGGGGUGUGGUACACAUACCAAGCCCCGCCACAAACAGUUGUACACCAAGCAUUGCCAAAUCACCAAUAUCCACCACCACAACAACAAUAUCAUCAGCAGCAACAACAACAACAACAGCAUCAUUAUCAUCAGCAGCAGCAACAGCAACAACGGCAACAACAGCAACAACAGCAACAACAGCAACAACAUCUGCACCAUUCACCAGUAUAUCAACACUUCAUGGCCCAGCCAGCUCUCACAAUGUCACAACAGCAUCGUGAACGUUACCAGCAUCAUGUCAGCCCAUAUUCACACCCAUCACCACUGCCACAGCUACCACAGCAAAAUAUUUAUCAAUAUCAAUAUCGACCAGAACUAGUUUAUCGUAUUGCGGCUCCACGGCAGAGAUUUCAUCACAUUGAAAAGCCACGUCAGAACAAUGCGUGGAGCUAUGAAGAUGAUUCUCUCUUACGGUAUUUAAAGGAGAAGAGAAACUUGGGAUGGAGGGAAAUCUCACUUCAUUUCAAGAACAGAACCGCAAAUGGAUGUCAGUUCAGAUGGCGAAGACUAUCUGCGCUGGAAAAGGAGAAGAAACAACGUCUACUGGACUCAAAGAAAACAAAUGAUACCGAUGCCACCAGUUCAACCACGCAGGCUGUGGUGAACAAUUCCCCUCCUAAUUCCACCAAGUCAGUAUCAAGUCCAAGUUCUCCACGCCAUAGUCUUCGGAAUUUGCUUAAUUGA